AUGAUAUGGAAAGAAGAAAGUGAUUAUCCGGAAAGCCCUGAUAUUGUCCUAAAAGAUGAACAUCAAACUUUCAAGUUUCAUAUCAUUAAAGAAGGCGUAUAUCUACCAAAGAAUAAACUUAAAUAUACUCGGCGCCCUGCAAAGUAUCCUAUACCCCAUAAUUAUGUUGUUCAAACUACGUAUUCAAAAAAAAAAUAUAUUGUUGAGUGCUUGAUAGUUUAUAUUGAUGAUAAACCAUUAUAUCAAAUAUACUUUGGAGAGUAUUUAGACAAGCUUGUAGAGUCAGAUCAGUCAACUUCACAUGCUGCACAGUUAUAUUAUGAGACUUUGUUUAAAGAUAUUCAAAACAAUGAACAAGCAGAAUCCAAAAGCAGACUCUCUGGACCACUUCUUUUUGGCUUAUGCUGUAAAAGUGUAGAGGAAGUUCGUAAAACAGUAACGUCAAAUGAGCUAGUACGAAUGAAACCAUUUAAUAAUUAUAGCACCUCAGCACAGUGCAAACAUAUAUUAGGUUUAGGAAAACGGAUGCUAGAAUUUGUAGAAGAAGAAAAAGAGAAUUUUUUUCAUCCAAAUGAUAACAUCGUUCUUAAACAAGCAAAGUUUGAAAUCAGUGAUCAUACAUAUAAUAUCAAUUAUGGAAAAAUCGAUGAACAACAAAUAGAAUUACAAACACAAGCUAUUGUAAAGUCAAUUGAUCUAAAUGAAAAAAUUCCCAUUAGUUUAGUCGAUAUUGAUCAGCUAACCAGUUUUGAACCAAUCACUGAGGAGUCUGAUAUUACAGAUCCAAUCAUAGUUUCUAACGUCAUUGCAUCUAUUGGUAAAGGUAGACAAAGACGAAUUACAGACAUACUUAACUAUAUAGUUCCAUUUUAUAUUCAAAGAGAGGUUUUAAACCCUGGAUCUACCUUACAUUUACGUAUAUCCGGAGAUGGCCGGAACGUCGGCAAAAAAGUUAAGCAUGUUAUGGUUACUGUUGCACUUUUAAAUAGUUUAGUCAAAUUGCAUAAACCAGAAUCACACUAUACGUUAGUUUUAUUCCCCAGUAUGGAAAAUUAUUAUUCACUUCAAAAUACGCUAGCACCUUUGAUAUCAGACUUACGAUUUUUAAAUGAACAUGGAUUUUAUGAAGUUGGAGGAAGAUAUUGGAAUGUCGAGUUAUAUUUUAGCUCAGACUGGAAGUUCCUAGCUAUUUGUCUAGGAAUGAAUGCAGCAAACUCCAAUUUAUAUGCUAUGUUAAGAAUAAGUGACAGACUCUGGGAAUUAUUUUUAUCAGACCUUCAACGUGGUGGUCAAUUAAAUGAAAAUUUGCAAAAUUUGAUUUUAACUGAAAUGAAAAGGCUACGAAUUAAUCAUUUUCAUUUUUGGAUUGAAAAUACAACACAAAGUUCAUCUUAUACAUCAUUAAUGGGUCCCGAUAAACUUAAUAUUUUGGAAAAUUUUGGUUUUACUAAUUUUAUAUCAAAGAAAUUUUCUCAAGAACGUGCUAUUAAACUUCGCCAACUCUGGACCGGCUUUUUUGAAUUAUACAAGAUGAUGACGCUACCGAAUAUAACAGGAUCAGAAUUUAAAGUUAAAGCAGAAUCAUAG